CCCGCGCAGCAGCGGCAGCGCUCCGCUUCCUUUUCGGUCGCCGGCGGGCGGGCCGGGGCUGCCUGCGCGGCCGCUGAGCGGAACGGAGGCGCUGCGCGACGUGGCCGUCGCCGCCCAUUGCAGUGCUUCAGAUUUAGGAACUGGAAUGUUAUAACCUUGCUGAGUCAGCGUGGCUGAAUAACUGGUCUUGCCUGAAGGUUUAUAUCAAGACCCUACAAAAAAAAUAUCAACCAGAUACUGACACUACUGUGAUCUAACAGCCUGUAGACCACAACUUUUUAUAUUACUACACUCUUUGAAGCAUUAAGGGUGGCUUUUUUCUUUCUUUUUUUUUUUUUCUUUUUUUAAUGCAGUAGUGUCAUUAUUUGGCUGAAGACUAAACAUGAGAAUAGCAGGUGCUGCGAAGUUGAUUGUAGUCAUAGCAAUAUUUUUAUUGACGUUUUAUGUCAUAUCUCAAGUGUUUGAAAUAAAAAUGGAAGCAAACUUAGGACACAUAUUUGCUAGAUCAGCGUUGGAUGCAGCUGCACGCUCUACAAAACCUCCAAGAUACAAAUGUGGGAUCUCUAAAGCUUGUCCUGAAAAGCAUUUUGCAUUCAAAAUGGCAAGUGGAGCAGCAAACGUAGUUGGACCUAAAAUUUGCGUAGAAGAUAAUGUAUUAAUGAGUGGAGUUAAAAAUAAUGUUGGCAGAGGAAUAAAUGUGGCCUUGGUCAAUGGUAAAACAGGAGAACCGUUAGACACUAAAUUCUUUGACAUGUGGGGAGGAGAUGUGGCACCAUUUAUUGAAUUUCUUAAAUCCAUACAGGAUGGAACCAUUGUGCUGAUGGGAACAUACGAUGAUGGAGCAACCAAGCUUAAUGAGGAAGCACGGAAACUGAUUGCUGAACUAGGAAGCACAUCCAUCACUAACCUUGGCUUUAGAGACAAUUGGGUCUUCUGUGGAGGAAAAGGAAUUAAAACUAAAAGUCCCUUUGAGCAGCAUAUAAAGAACAACAAGGACACCAACAAAUACGAAGGCUGGCCAGAAGUUGUUGAGAUGGAAGGCUGUAUCCCUCAGAAGCAAGACUAAAUCUACAGAAAAGGAAAGGAAGAAAAUGCACUUUCUGCUAUUAUUAGGGAGAGGGCUAUGAAGGAGACUGUACUGUAAAUAAUAUUUUUAAAGCAUGCAGCCAUCCUGUCAGUGUGUGCAUGAGCACUGACAUCUUGAAUAUUGGGAUUAUUUAUUGCUAACACACAUACAGUCCUUUUUGUAAAUAUGUUCAAAUUAAAAGGAACAUAAAGUACUUUCUAAACAGAUUUCUUAAAAGCACAGUAUUUAGUUUGCCUAUGGUGAGUAUCUUGUAGACCGACUGGCUAAUAAAUUGCAUAUGCCAAUAAUAAACAGAUCUGGACAAAUGUUGUACUGUCUUCUAACAUUGCUGUGAGAAUGUAACCUUUGUGGAAAACAUAGAGAUAAGUUAAUAAAGAGCUUUAAUUUUUUUUAUCUUCUGCCUUUUUAAUGGCAGCAUCACUUUUUAUUGAAGCUAAUUUGGUUAUUCUAAUACCGAGUGCUAAAAAAAUUUAUUUUGUAGUCUCCCACCAAAACUGGAUAAUCUGCAAAGAAGGAAAACAUGAUAGUGAAAUACAGAUAUACCAUGAAAAGCACAAUAUAAGUUUUUUUUUUUACUAAGGGAAGAGCAAAGUAAAUGUGUAAAUAGUGUAUGUGAUACUUAAAAGCAGCUUGGAAGGAUUGUUGCUCAGCUUGAAAACUGUACUUCCUGUGUAGAAGAGACUCGGCAUGUUAAACAACAGUACUCAAACAAGUGACUUGUUCAUUUUUUUUUUGGUAACAGUUUUUGUACUGCUGCUUAACCUCUGAGUCUACUUAUGGCUAUUCAGCCCUGCUGGCUAGUCACAUAGUACAUAUGUGUGUGGUGGGGUGCCUUCCUGCUGUAGUCGUAAACCUAGAAAUAAAUUUUCUAUUGCAAAGAACCCAGGGGAGAGCAUUCUGCCUUCUAGUAAGAGUUGUCCAGGGUACAGUAUUAUGAGUCUUUACUGCCUGUGUUACACCUAAUGUGGGGUCAUAUGUGCUUACAGUGAUAGUAGAGAAAGCAUCGCAUCUUUGGUUAUGCAAUCUAUAGUAUUCGAACUUAAGUGAUGAUGCAUCUUCAUUUUUUUUCAAUGCAAAAAAAUUAAAGGACCAAGUUGAAGUGGCCUUAUUCUUCAGCUCAUGUCAGAGCUGUCAGAAAACAUAGCUCCAUUUUUAUGUAGGGCCAGCUUGAACUUUCACUGAAAGUAAGUUAGCAUGUUAUAAAUUAAAUUGUUGGUAUAGGAAAAAAAAAAAUAGGGGAUGUUACAGAAUUGAUUGUAAUCUCUUGGAGUUUUAUGUCAUGAUUUCUAGUUUAAUCUUCAGAAACUUCCAGCUAGUACCAUGGGACUACAGCCACAAAGGAUUUUUCAGGAACCCACAGUGUAAGUGGCACUCAAAUGUUCCUAUUGUUGAUAGGUCUUCUGAAAUGAACUCAAUUGUAUGCACUAAAAAACAAGUCAAGCAAUAUUGGGAAUUGCUUCUCAAGUCAAAUAACCUGUGAUGUCAAACUAAGACUGGACUCUGAGCUGUUCUGUACGUUUAAGUAGUUUGUUAAAUAAUGUGGCUUUCACUGAAGUUUAAUGUAGAGCAGCAAUAAAAGAUCCUUAUGUGGUGAAAUUGUUUUUGUUAAAUCUUUCAGAUUCUCUUGUUUAGGAGGAUGUGUCAAAAUCAUAUGUAUCUUUUACAUCAAAUGAGUAAAACACCUCGUUUCUAUCCAUUCGAUAAUAAAAGUUAUUUCAUAACAUCAGGUUAUUGUGAAAAACUAAUUGCAAAGUCCUGGAAUUUUCACAUGAAUAAAUUAUUUGUAAGUAA